AUGAAUCUAGUGGACAUCAACUCCGACGGCCCCGUUGAGUACCCUCCCACCGAAGAACUGUCUGCUCCAGCAUCAGAAGGCGCAGGUUGUCCAACUCGAAGGAAAUGGCGUACUCUGAGCGACACCGACAAGCAAGCCUACAUCUCCGCAGUCCUCUGCCUUCAAAAUGCAACAUCAACUCUGGCUCCAAACACCAACCACACAGCCUACGACGACUUUCCUUGGAUCCACAGCCACGUCGGAUACGCCACCCACAACAGCGCUCCUUUUCUGCCCUGGCAUCGGUACUUUCUGCACAUCUACGAGACGGCCUUGAAGGAUAAGUGCGGUUAUACGGGUCGGCUGGUGUACUGGGACUGGACUUUGGAUUUCGAAGCUCUAGAACACAGUCCUGUCUUCGAUCCAGAGACAGGAUUCGGAGGCGAUGGUGAAAUAGGUGGUGCUAUCACAGUUGGUCGUUCCGGACGUUGCGUCGUCGAUGGACCAUUCGCUGGGACCCAUGUCAACUUCUACGACGUCAAAUUCGAACCGCACUGUCUUUCACGAGGGUUUAGAGACCUCGAAGGAAACCUCGGACACAUGGACGGGAAAGACAUCAGCCCAGAGUCCAUCGAAACUGUGCUCAGUAUUGACGGAUACGAAGACUUCGUCGCAGCCAUGGAAAGCAAAGUCCACGAUGCGAUCCCCUUCGGUAUUGCGGGUGACUUCGAAACAUUCACCGCUCCAUACGAUCCAAUCUUCUUCCUGCAUCAUACCCAGCUCGACAGAUUGUGGUGGCUCUGGCAGCAGCGUCAGCCUGGACGCGGGCUUGAGUCGUACAGCGGACAUAAGGGGCGGCACUCCAUCGAAAUGGCCAGCUUGGACGAUGACUUGCAUUACAAAGGUUUGGGGCCUGAUGUCAAGGUCAAGGACGUCAUGGACAUCGAGAACGAGUUGCUUUGUUACCGGUACUGA